CUGAGCCCCGGGCUGGCGGCAGCAGCGUGGCCAAGCCUGUGCCCGUGGCUGCGGCUGAAGUCGCUCCCGGCCGCCGCGGGACCGCCCGUGCCAUCCCAGCGCCGGGGAUUACACCAUUCAUUGCGUUCCUGCGCUUUCAGCAUGGAAAGACGCGAAGUACAACUGCGUAAUAUCCAGCCCAGAUGUAAAACGUGAAAUGAGGGCUCUUUAAAAAGAGUACGUAAGAUUCCUGAAGAUAAGUAUCGACCAAUUUCAAAAGAAAACAACGAUUAGUUUGGAUACAAGUGCUAAAAGUAGGCCCAUCCCUUUCCUUGUUCACAGAGCUGACUGCAGGGAAGGCAGGAGCACAAAGCUGGCUUUACUCUCUGUAGGCUUAGCAUCAAAUAUACGAGGGUCUGAUCCAUCCCUAUGACUUGUCACCUUUGCCAAGGCCCUUCUGGAUAAUGUAAAUUUUUCAGGAAUCAGACUCUUAGUUGGUGCAGCUACCCAGGAACUUAAAGGUUCGCUCUUUACAAGCUGCCCAAACAUGCCAAGGGACAGAUUCCCAUGCUGGGACUGGAAUACCUGUACAUGGAUGCCCUGGCUCCACAGUGGCAGCUUGGGAAAUACCUCAUCAACAUGACACAGGGUGCUCUGGGACAAACACUGCAGCAGCUGUAUGAAACCUAUGAAUCCAAGAGGAACACUACUGCAUAUGCAAUAUACAACGAUGAGAUCCCUGAAUCAGACUCCAAAGGAUCAAAAUGUGGACACACCAAAGGAUUUCUGCUCUUGGAUAAAUCACAAGGCUUCUGGGUGAUUCACAGUGUGCCCCUGUUCCCUCCCAGCCCUGAGGAUGGUUAUGGAUAUCCAUCUUCUGGGGAGUCCUUUGGACAGACAGCCAUCUGUAUAACCUUCAAAUAUGAUCAGUUCACAGAAAUAGACCAACAGAUGCUGAGUUAUAAUCCAGGAAUCUACAGCUGUUCCAUCCCUGACAUCUUCCAAGCUGAUCUCCCAAAUCUCCAGAAGCUCUGUGCAAAGUCCAGGCUGCCCUCGGUCCCCUUGCGCCAUCUCUCCAAGCUCCAGUCAGCUCGUGGGGAAACUUUUCUCCACUUUGCAAAGUCACACUUGUUCAUAGAUGAUAUCUAUGUGGCCUGGAUGGCUCAGGAGCUGAAGACUGAUUUGCUGGCCGAAUCCUGGCAGCGUUCUGGCGAAAAGCUUUACUCAAAUUGUUCUCUUGACUACCACGUCUACAACAUAAACAUAAUAGGGCUGCCACUGAACUCCACCUUUCAUUCCAUUAAUGAUCAUUCCAAAUGGGCUGUUUCAAGGAAAUAUGAAGAUCAGUGGGCAUGCAUUGGGGACUUGAACCGUGCAGCUGAGCAAGCUUGGAGAAGUGGUGGGUUCAUCUGUACCCAGAAUGAACAGAUCUACAAAGCCUUCAGGCAUUUGAUAACCCACUAUGAAAGCUGCACUUCUGCUCCCAGAGAGCUAUAACCAACCCUUCCUGCCAACCAGCACAGCCCUUCUUACAUGGAACUGUAGGAGGUGUCUCCCUUGAUCUGUAUUUUCACUCUGAAAACAGCCCUGUGAGUUUGAGAUGUCUGGGCUGUCCCCUUGUUAGCUGUGGGAGCAGCUGGUGUCCUGUGGUGGGGUGUGCUGGGCCCUGCUCUGCUCCCCUGGCUCCUCUCACCAUCCCACUGGGAUGGGAUGGGGGGGAUUCCACCAAAGCACAUCCCUGUGCACACCCUGCACGGGCAUCCCUGGGCACCUCGGGAGUGGGGCUGGAUGUGGGACAGGAGGGACAACAGAAACUCUGUCAUGAUCUGGGCUGUCAGGACUGGGCAGGUAGCAUGGGACAACUACCCCCAAAUACUUCAAAAUUGCUCUGGAUUUCUGGCACUGUUGAAAUAAAUCACAGCAUUUCUGCUCAGCUUGGGCUGAAUCUCUAAAAGAGCUGAGAAAAUUAGAUUCAAACAGGGAGAUGAAUAGAUCUGAGGACAGGAAGGCCUCAUUUUUAUGUGAUUACUUUUUAGAGAAUUAAUGAACUUUAAAUCAUCUUUAAAUUAUCUGUAACCAAUAGCUUGGGAAUAUUUCUAGUGCUUUUAUUAAUGUACAGCAAUUCUAUAAACAAAUAAACAUUUCCAAAAUAUGAACAAGCAAAGUAAAGAGUAAAAAUGGUCUGUUUACAUUCUCCCUCUUCCAUCUGUAUAGCUUUUUGUGGUUGGUUACAAUGUUUUAUAGCUGCCAAAGGAACAAUGGAGACAAUUAAGAAUAAAUAUAAAUAUAAGAAUAAAUUUGAAGAAAGAUGUUAUUUUACCUACAUUUUCACAUUACAACAAAUGUGGCUGUUAAUUUUCAAUAUCUCCAGGCUCAGGCUUAGGACCUGAACUUUGCAUGGUCUUGCUAUUAAGACAAAGCUGAUUUGAAAAAUCCCAAUACGCUCUUGUGUUCAGAUUUCAAAAGUGUAUCUGUGUUUAAUAUGUUCUUAAAUACAUUUAUAUAUUUAUAUAUUUUUUUUUUUCCUGAAUUUCCAGUCUAAAGAUCUGGCUGUCCCACUGAUACUUCUGUUUUGCUGUGUUCAUAGUCCCUACCACUGAUCCCCUAUAGAAGUAGGUAUAAAGAAAUGCCCCACAACCACAAGAGAUUGCCAAAGAUUUCUUUUCCUUUUCACUCUGAACAAUCAGCCAAACAACAAAGUGUACAAAGCCUCAAAAGAAUUUAUUUCAGAAAACAUUCAUGCAUAUUUUUUGAAGAGAUAGAAAUAAUGUAUAUGGCCUGCAUAAUGAAGGGAAUUGUACAGGAAUAGCUUUCAUAAUUAGCCAGUCUGGAUUGAAGGUAGCUCGUAGUUUGAGUCUCAUGGCUCAGUGAAAACAGUUUUGUUGCUUAGAUAUCCUGCAAGAAAUUUUUUAUUUUGUUUUCUCUGCAUAUGACCCAAUAACAUUCAAUAAAUAUUUUGUUUGAUAAUGUUC